UGAAAGAAAACAGAAAAGCACAUUUGGACUAAUCCAAAGCUCCCUCUCUUUCUCCGUCACUCCGAUCUCCCCGCUCAUUGCAUAUACAGCCACAAUUUUAAAACUUCGAGGUUUCAUAGCAUUCCUGUUCCUGCUAAAUUAAUGGACGCGCUUUCGCCGGCCACCAUACCGGCGCUGCUCGCUGCGCCGAGGACUGCUCGCGCCGAUCACGCUCUUCUCUCUUCUGUGUCGUUCGCGAAGCGGAGCCGGAUUCGGAGGAGAAAAAUUCAGGUGAGAGCAGAGGCGGCGAAGCAGGCGAGCAUUGAUUUCAGCGAUCCGGAUUGGAAGUCAAAGUAUCAGAGCGAUUUCGAGGCGCGCUUCCGCAUUCCUCAUUUAACUGAUGUGAUUCCUGACGCCGCCUCAUAUCCUUCCACUUUCUGCUUGAAAAUGAGGAGUCCUAUAAGUUCUGAAUUUGCGGAAGGUUAUCCUUCGGAUGAAGCGUGGCAUGGUUAUAUCAAUAACAACGACAGAGUACUGCUUAAGGUCAUACGUUAUUCUUCUCCAACAUCUGCAGGUGCUGAGUGUAUCGAUCCUAAUUGUUCCUGGAUUGAACAAUGGGUUCACCGUGCUGGACCCCGAGAAAAAAUAUACUUCAAGCCAGAGGAGGUCAAAGCAGCAAUUGUUACUUGUGGAGGCCUUUGUCCUGGUCUCAAUGAUGUGAUACGACAGAUAGUCAUCACCCUUGAGAUAUAUGGCGUGAAACAGAUUGUUGGGAUCCCUUUCGGUUAUCGUGGCUUUUCUGACACAAGUUUAGCUGAGAUGCCACUCUCCAGGAAGGUGGUCCAAAAUAUUCAUCUUUCUGGAGGUAGCUUGCUAGGAGUUUCACGUGGAGGACCAACAGUGACUGACAUUGUAGAAAGUAUGGAGGAAAGAGGGAUAAACAUGCUCUUUGUACUGGGUGGAAAUGGCACGCAUGCUGGUGCUAAUGCCAUACACGAAGAGUGCCGUAAAAGAGGUUUGAAGAUAGCCGUAGUUGGCGUGCCAAAAACCAUUGACAAUGAUAUUCUACUUAUGGAUAAGACAUUUGGUUUUGAUACAGCUGUUGAAGAGGCACAAAGAGCAAUAAAUUCUGCAUAUAUUGAGGCGCAUAGUGCUUAUCGUGGCAUUGGGAUUGUGAAAUUGAUGGGUCGAAGUAGUGGUUUCAUAGCUAUGCAGGCAUCUCUUGCUAGUGGACAAAUUGAUAUAUGCCUGAUUCCGGAGGUCAAAUUUAAUCUGCAUGGACCUCAUGGUGUUCUAAAUCACCUAAAAUAUUUGCUUGAGAGGAAAGGGUCUGCUGUUGUCUGUGUUGCAGAGGGAGGUGGUCAGGAUCUUCUACAGAAAACCAAUGCUACAGAUGCAUCAGGGAACAUUGUUCUGGGAGAUAUUGGUGUUCAUAUACAACAAGAGGUAAAGAAGUUCUUCAAAGAGAUGGGACAUCCAGCAGAUGUCAAAUACAUUGAUCCGACUUACAUGAUACGUGCAUGCCGUGCAAAUGCAUCAGAUGGGAUUCUAUGCACUGUGCUCGGUCAAAAUGCUGUUCAUGGAGCAUUUGCUGGGUACAGCGGCAUCACAGUGGGAAUAUGCAAUACACACUACGCAUAUUUCCCAAUUCCGGAAGUGAUAGCUCAGCCCAGGGUCCUCGACCCGAACAGCCGUAUGUGGCAUCGUUGUUUAACCUCAACUGGCCAACCAGAUUUCAUCUAAUUAACUUAUUUUCAAGAAGCAAAGACAAGACAAUUCAUUCUGCAGAGUAGAGAAAAUGGGCUGCCUUUGCCUUGUGGUUUCACCCUAUUUAUCCCAACAAUUUUCAAGUGUACAGCAUUCACAUUGCCAUUAAGCAAUAAGAUUGCAUUUUUUACUUUCAGCUGUGGGAAAGAACUUCAAAUUCCUUAGAUUGGGAUAGUGAAAAAUUUGUCACACCACAGAAUUUUAUCCUUGGAAUAAGUAUAUUCUGAUUUUGUAUAUCA